UUUGUCAGCUUUGAUUUCCCUUAAUUCAAUCAAAACUGGUCACACCACCUCAAUGAAACCCCUACAAUAUCGUAACAUUUUAAACGAAAGGCCCAGAUUAUGAUGAAAAUAGGGGAACUGAGGAACAUCCUUCUUGGUCCGGUGCACACAGAGGAACAGGCUGUUCCACUGGAGCACACUGCAGACAGGUCGGCUGUUGAUGUGGCGUUAUUUUGUACACAACACCCGCAGGCUGUGCAGUCUACGGUGCACGGCCACACCGUUUCUUACACAUCUUGGGUUUAGCCUCGGCAGCGAGCUUGGUGACGCGGGUGUGAUGCGCGCGAACUGUCGGUGUCACCUCGUGAACGCGCAAGAGCAGCAAUGGCCGCUUUGAAUCGGCGAAAUCCUAAUCUCGACGAUUUUGUCGGAUUAAACUGGAGUUGUUGGGUAGAUAGGGUGAAUAUUUUACCAUCUGACGCUGGGUCUACUGAAGACAGCAGCAUGUGUGGGGGGAACCGAUCUGAGACCAUGACCCUCAGGAAAGAAGAUAUGCAUAUAUAUGGCCACUGCCCUGCACAUGAUGAGUUUUAUUUGGUGGUGUGCAGCCACUGUGGCCAGGUGGUGAAGCCUGAAGCCUUUGAGAAGCACUGUGUGAGGCGUCACGGUCCGCUCACAAAGAUGUGUGGCCAGUCAUCUACUUUGGCGCCACAGCAGCGACCUCGGCCUUGCCGGCCUCUUUCCAAUCUGUCCUCCUCUAGAGAGAGACAGAAAGAUGGCAGACAUCAUGAGGACGCCAACCCACCCUCAGCCGCGUUACCUGCCCACCAGCACAGGCCCAGUAAGGCCCAGAGGGAGGCAGUGAGUUUGCCUUCAGUGGAGAAGUUCCCUCAGGAGAACCAUCCCCACCCCCACCACUCCUCGUCCACACCUCGCCUCAGGGUUCCUCCGCGGCACGCGGGACCCCUGCCCCCUGGCCCCUGUUCCUCUUCCACUCCCCCGUCAGAGAGACCUUCUGUGCAGAAGUCCACAGCUGGACAGUCCAGUGAGUCUCACAGUCCUUCGCGGGGAACAAGAACCUACAGCCGGAUUCAUAAAAACAUAGACAAGAAAGAAUGUGACCUGAACAAACACUGCAGAGUUCUGGAUCCAGAAAGGAAGAAGCCGGGCAGCCAGGAGCUUAUAUGCAAUACUGAUUGCAUCCAGCAGCAGCAGAAAGCACUGGGAAGGGCUAAGAGCUUUGAUCAGCUGGCAGUGGAGCAGAGAGCGGCCUCAGCAGGUCGAGAUAUGGAGCAGCUUCUUGUCAAAUUAAAAGACAAAGAGCAACAUUUGGAGGUUUUCGAAGAGAAAAUAACAACUCAGGGCAACAGAUACAACUUCAACAGCAACUGCCACAUUCUCAGGUCCAGGGAUUCACAAGAAAGCUUUCCAGAAGAGGAAGGUGACAGCACUGUAGAAGUGGAGGUACAGCCUCCCUAUCCCUUCAACCAGAGCCUGCUGUCAAGCGAGGAAAGUGAAGAUGAUGAGCAGGAGGAAACUACGGACCUGCCUGCCUCACCCUGGCACCCCAAACCUCUCGGGCUAUGCACUUUUGGAUGCCGCACAUUGGGUUGCAGCAUCUUCACCUUCGACCGCCGUUUGCAUCACCUGCAAUUUGCCCUCAGUGCCAUGUUGGAGCACCAUGUCAGCACACACCUGUGGAAGAAAAUGCCUCAAGUAUCAUCAGGUCUCAGGUCUUGUCAUGUCAAACCACCACCAACUGUCAGGACUGCGGCUAGACCCUCCCAGUCCACUGGCUCCCUCAGUCUCGAGUCUACCUCACUGGGACAACUGGAAACAAAAAGCAGUCAGCACAACUCUCAGAGUACCAAACCGCCUUCCUCCACCUCCUCUGCGAGCUUUGGGCCUGGCCGACGGGGCAACGCUGUCGGGCGACCAAGCAAGGCUCAGCUGAAGGAGGUGGCCCUUAUGCAAGAUGCAAGUACAGCACAGAAAGCCACCAGGCUGCCACACAGCAGGGAGGAUAAAUCCUCCAGACACAUCAGGGAUCCCCCCCUCCAGGAGAAGGCCCAGCCACACAUCCCCUCCUUUCAAGGACCAGCCACUGUUACCUUCUCACGUGGAAAGAAGCCAUGUCCUCCUCUGCCACUGCAGCCCUCAGAGAGACACUUGUCAGGUUUGGAGAAGCGUUCCCCUUUACCUGCGACAACCCACUGCUCCCCCCGCAGCAGAGGGAAGCCCCCAGGAAUUCAGCAGAAGGUGGUGGGUUAUGAUCACAAGGGUCGUGGCCAAAAGCGCAAAGGCAGCAGUGAGCAGCCCCCCCUCAGCUCCUCAGUAUCCAGAACCUCCAAGUGUAAGCGCUUGUCCUCUCCUUCCCGCUCCAGCCUCCUCACCUGGAAGGGAGAGAAUAUUGGUUCUUGCCUGGAGAAAAGAUCAAACUCCUAAAGAGCGAGUGGACUCACUCACCCUGCAGGUAAUAGGCUGCAAACACUCAGUGUUUUUUUUUUUUGUUUAUGCAGAUCUUGUCCUGUAAGCAUGAAACGCCUGUCUGUAGUAUGAAUGUCUGAAUAUGUUUUGAGGAGUGUGUUUGUCCACAUUUAUUUAUGUCUUCACGUUUUUAUGCACAGACAUCAGGAAUAAGUGUUUGUCUGCAUUUUACUGUGUGUUUCUUUUUGCAAAAUGUCUUCUUUUCUACAUGACUAAAUGUCUCACUUUAUUACCUGUGUAAGAAAAUAAAAAUACCUCAAACUACUAAUUAUGCUGCUAAAAUGAAAAGUCACUUCAUGGCGAAACAAAUAAAAAUUCUU